AUGGCCAACGCUGGUUCCCCUCAGAUUAUUGACGUCCGUCGAAGCAAAUUUGAAGAAUCCAUCCCAGAGCAGGUCACUGCUGGCCUGUCAUCCAGCCCCAAGACCCUCCCAGCUCUUCUAUUUUAUAGCACAGAAGGCAUUCGGCAUUGGAACCGUCAUUCUCAUGCGUCCGACUUUUAUCCAAGACAUGAGGAAAUCCAAAUAUUAAAGGAGCAGGCGGGGGAGAUGUCUGCAUGCAUUGCAGAUGGCAGUGUGGUCGUUGACCUUGGGAGCGCGAGCCUUGACAAGGUUAUCCAUCUCCUAGAAGCCCUCGAAGCAGCACAGAAGAAGGUCACCUACUACGCAUUGGACCUGAGCUUCUCGGAGCUCACCUCGACGCUGCAAGCCAUCUCACCGGAGAAAUUCCACUAUGUCCAGUUCGCUGCCCUUCAUGGCACCUUUGAAGACGGGUUGCACUGGCUGAAGGAGACACCAGAGAUACGGGAUCGACCGCAUUGUCUGUUGCUGUUCGGACUGACGAUCGGCAACUUCUCCCGGCCAAAUGCAGCCGCCUUCCUGCGUAACAUUGCCUCUCAGGCGCUUAUCGGUUCCCCCUCCCAGAGCUCCAUUCUUCUCACUCUAGAUAGUUGCAAAGUCCCAACCAAGGUUACACGCGCCUAUACUGCGGAGGGGGUCGUGCCCUUUGCUCUAGAGUCGUUGAAUUAUGGAAACACACUCUUUCCACAGCACGAGGGAGAGAAAGUCUUUGAUCCGCAGGACUGGUACUUUCUGAGCGAGUGGAAUUACGUCCUGGGAAGACAUGAGGCUUCGUUGAUCCCGCGAUCCCGAGACGUCAAGCUCGGUCGCCCGCUGGACAAUAUCGUCGUGGGUAAGCACGAAAAGGUGCGUUUCGGCUGCAGCUACAAGUACGACAGCGACGAGCGUAAGGAGCUUUUUGAUUCUGCGGGACUGUGCGAUGCGAGGGUCUGGUCCAAGGAGAGCUGUGAUGUGGCAUUCUACCAGUUGAAAUGUCGUCCGAAUUAA